AUCCCGCUGUAUUUCGGGCCAUUCGAGAAGCUCCACAGUUUUGCCACAAGUGUCCGGAAUAGUAUGUCGUUCUUCCAGCGUCUCGUGUCGUACGUGAUUAACGACGUGGCCGUCAAGGCGCUGUCCAACUCGCGCGCCUUCCAGCGCUUCGCUCUCAAGACCCACUAUCACGUGGAGGACGCCAAGACCAUGGCUUCUACGGGCGCCGACGCGCUCAAAAACUCGGUGGAGAACUACGCGCCCAAGGUCAAGGAGUUCACCCAGGCCUUCCGGGACGAAGUCGCGCGGGACCUCAAGAAAAUGAAGUGAGCAGGCUUAGCUGACCAGAUGCACGAGGCUACUGAGGUGUUUUAUGGUUUAUAAUGUAUUUCCUUUUCGUUAUAGAAACUCGAUGUUGUGUCAACGGUGACGUUUUGUUCUAUCCGACGUAUCGUACGAGUGGGGGUGGUGUACUGAUAGCAUUGAUGCUAUCUUCAAUAUCCAAUGGAUAAAACAAACCUUCGAUUGUUGGAUCACACCUGACAGAUUUCUCUAGCACAGGU